AUGUCAGGCGGUCGCCACUCCCGGGCAAAGGAGCUCGCUUGGUCGCUGUUAUACACUCUGUGCACCGUGCACGUGGUGACCAAUUACGUUGUGGAUGUCACCAUGACGCAGGGGCCCAGCAUGACCCCAACAAUCGACGAACGCUACGCGGUGGCCCUGUACGUCCGUCCGCACCUGUUGCGUGCGUUGCGAUCACGUUCCCCUACGCUAUACCGCGAGGGCGACGUUGUGAUAGGCAUAUCGCCUACCAAUGCGUCUCGGCGCAUUUGCAAGCGCGUUCGUGCCACCGAGUUCGAGCGCCACGGCGGGCGUAUCGUGCCCCGUGGCCAUGUGUGGCUCGAGGGUGACAAUAAAGCAAAUUCGCUCGACAGCCGCUACUACGGCGCCGUGUCAUCGCAUAUCCUCCUCGGAAGGGUUUUUCUAAUUCUUUCGCCUAACCAAGGCGUCCGAUUCGUGUAG